CAUAACACAACGCACCUUGCAUGUGCAUUGACUCGUCCGUCGGUACUUUAACCAUGAAACUUGACUGACUAUUGUACCUAAAGUUCGGCAAAAUAUGUUACCAGAUGCGGAAAUAAACCUGCUCAUUGUAUGAAAAUACUGUGCUGCGAAUUUUAAACAGAUCCGAGUACAGUAGUUUCAAUUCAAAGUAUUAAUCUAAGCAGGAAAUGAACGUUCUAUCGAGUAAGUUAUCGUGUUCCAGCAAUUGACAUGUUCAACAAACUAAUGACAAGCUGACAAUAUUGGGACCCCACUCGUCACAUGAGUCUAUACAUUCAAUACGGUUUUGCAGUACAUGAAGAUGUCAGGACUACUACUGCUCAUCGUUGGAAUACUGUUUAAAGAGUCAUGUGGCCAAGGGACAGUGACAGUUUCUCCGGACGUGACCGCUGACAAUGGCAGUCCAACAACACUUUCCUGCACAUACACCGUGGACAAUAAUUACUUACUCUAUAACCUAGAAUGGAGAAGAGGGAAAAGUGUGCGGGGUAGUUUCAGAAUUGCUGAUUUUGUAAAAGAUGUCGAUCAGCCAAUCUACUACGGUAACUUCAGCUCAUCGGAGUACACAGCCUCUAGAGAUAAAAUUAAUCGAAUAGCCUCAUUGGCUAUUGCUUCUGUAAGAUUCCAGGAUGACUCUGAACUCUUCUGGUGCAGUGUUCAAGUGUAUAUUGCUUCAGGCCCAUUGAUAAAUAUCAGGGAUUCAAUUGAAGUGAUUGUGACAGGUAUGUUUUAAAUAGGUAAUUUGAGGGUAGUUUGAGUUUGGAUGUGUUGGUUUUGUGAGUGUUGUAUAGAGUUCUAGCAUAAUGCUGUCUUUUGUAAGAUUGGGUGAGUAGGCCUAUUGGUAAUUGUUAAUGUUUAUUUCAUACAACAUAAUUACACAUUCGAACCGGGAACCUUUAACAAAAGAGGACAAUAGAGUCCACAGUGAGUUGGAAAACGUGUACAAAACCAUUACGAGCUGUUUUGCAAAAACGUUUCUCGAGUAUAAACAAAAGUGGGAAAAUAACUCAUUGUUCUGUACUGUGAUGCUUGUCCCAAAUUCUUUGAAAAAUUGAUAAUUUUGUUAUUUAAUACGCGUAACAUUAAUUAACCAUUCCUCAAACGAAGAGUUGACCUAAAAUUAAAACAUCCCCUUUUUAUUGA